AAUUCUGUGGAUAAGAAGGCAAUUGUUUCAACUCAGAUAAUCUUUUGUCUUAAAGAAAAGAAUAAAGGAAAAACCGGUUCUAAUCAGUGGUUUUUUAAUGCCUUUUGUCCAACCCUUAACCCGCAAAUAUGCGUUCUCAUUGAAGUUGGUGUUAGACCAGGUGUUUGUGGUAAAUUAGAUGCUACGAAUAAUAGAAGUUGGACCAAAUCAUUAAACCCGGUCGUUGGCGCCCAGCUUUUUGAAAAUAAGAUAUAUAAUACCAUAAAUAAACCAUUUGAAUCAAUCUUUGGAUAUAUUCCCUCUUUGCCUAAAGGUUUCUCGGCAUAUCGGUAUUCUGCACUUAGGAACAUUACAAAUGAUAUUGAAGAUGCAUCAAAAAAUAAUAAUAUUCUCACUAAUAAUGAUUACCUUGCUAAGAAUAAUGUUCUUUGUUUUGAAUUGAUUUCUAAAUACAACUCUUCUUGGAUAUUAUAUUAUGAACAUUUAUCAAAAGCUGAAGUUGAUAUACCUGAAAAUUUGCCUGAAAUGAUUCAGCAAAAU